AUGGCUGAAGACAUCUCCGUCUAUGGCUAUGACAGGUCAAUGCUUGCUUGUCUCGACGAUACACAAUCACAAGGAUCAUGCCCUCCUCAGAGCACUGUCUUUUCUUCGAACAGUCCCGUAGAAAUGAAAGCAGCGACACAACGCUUGCUCAAUCUACCAAAAGAGCUUCGAAGCCACAUUCUUUCCUAUCUCCUCCCUACCACCUACCUUUUCCCGGAGCGCGCUCCCAUCUGGCAGCGUGGCUCUCUAGCAAUACUACGUACCAACCGCCAAUUACAUGCAGAGGGAAUAUCACAAAUAUACAACUCAUGCACGAUGAGUAUCAAAAUUGGGUUCCAAUCUACUCGCUUCCGCUACGAAUGGUUUGGGCAUAAGAUCAGAGAGAAGUCGAAUAGGCUCUGGCGGUCAGAGAGUACGCAGGAAGGUGGCUGGAACUUAUGGGCUUGCCAUACGGUCAUGCCCCUCCAGAGUGUGCAGUGGAGGCCAAUGGCAGGCUUGAUCAGGAGGUGGUUGCUGGUCAUUAAAAGCAUAGACGAAUAUGACGGGAUGGUGCAUCACAGUGUAAGCAAGGUAGAGCCUUUGGCCUUGGGCUUGAAGGCUGGCGUGGAAGAGUUCUGCAGCUUUCUACUCGAAGUUGCAAAUGACAGUAAGCCAAAUCGAGAGACAACUAUCAUGGUCGUAUUCAAAGGCAGAAAGACUGGCACCGGUGAGGAGCGAUGGAGGAACCUCAUUGUGCAGCCUUUGAGGCAAAGAGCUAUGGAUGGCAUGAUGGCUUUGGAGAUCAGAGACUUGACAGGGUGA